AUUGAAAAACGUAACAAAACACAAAUUUCAUUUGAUUUCAUUAUUUUAAUGGAGAUUAAAUUUCAAUUGAUUUCAUUAUUAACAGAAAAAAUUUACUAGACAAAGAAGAACAGAAUAAGGUUUCGGAUAUCUCUUUGCUUGUAUAGCUGAUUAUCCAGGGAUCGAAAAAUAUCAUGAAUUUAAGCAAUUUACCUGAUGCUGUUCUUGUACACAUUAUAUCCCGGCUCGAAACGAAAGAAGCCAUCCGAACCAGUGUUCUGUCGAAAAGAUGGGAGUGUCUUUGGGCAUCUAAAUAUGAUUUUACGUUUGAGGAAGGAUGUAACAACCGGAGAAGUUUCAGGUCGAUUGUCGAUAGAGCUUUUGCGAUUGGUGAAUCCUCUAGCAUAAAUGAAUUCCGUCUCUCUUGUAAAGUCGGGCGUGAUGAUUCCGACAUUAAGACAUGGAUAUGUGCUGCGGUAAAGAGGAGAGUUCAGGUGGUCAGCAUUAAACUUGAUGGUGUUCUUGUCUUGCCUCCUUGUUUGCUCACUUGUGCAACACUGACAUCGUUGUGUUUGAACUUAAGCGACACUUCGAGCCUUCCUACUUCAAUUUGUUUGCCUGCUCUCAAGCUCUUGGAACUUGAUAGUGUUUUAUUUUUAGCUGAUAAUUCUUUACACAAUCUACUGUCGGGUUGUCCGGUCCUUGAAGAGCUGAUUUUUAGCGAAUGCUGUUGGUUAAAGCUCACUUCUUUCAGUAUUUCUGCCACUAUGCUCCAGCACUUGGAAAUUAUUGAGGAAAUAUGGUUUAGAUCAAAUUCAAGCAGUUCAGAUGGUUCUCAGGUUGUAAAAUUUGGAACUUGUAACUUUAAGUCCUUCAAUCAUUGUGGUGAUGUAGGAAACGAGUACUGCAUAUAUAACUCACACUCGACAGCAAUUGCACACAUGUAUGUUUCUUACAGUGAUGGAAAUCGAAAAAAAGCUGCCCGUAGAGCGUAUAAGCUCAUGAACAGACUUGCUAAUGCUGAGAAACUAAUUCUUAAAGGUGAUAUCUUUGAGGUUCUCUCUGAUGCAGAAGAACUCCUCCCCAAUUUCCCUUCGUUCCAGCGUUUAGCUCAUUUGCAGUUCAAAACUCCAUCUGUGAAUUUAGAUUGUAAACCUUUAUUAAUGUGGCUGCACUGCUCUCGUUAUCUCAAAACCCUUGUUUUUGAUGAGGGAAUAAGUCUUCUCUCGGAUUUCUCGGAAAAUGACGAUCUAAUGAACCCAAUGCCGCGCUGUUUAUUGAAUGAGGUGAAGAACAUUAAGGUUAACAACUUUUCUGGAAAGAAGAAAGAAUUGCAGGCGGUGGAGUUUUUGUUGAAGAAUGCAUUAGUAUUGGAAAAUAUGUCGAUCAUUUGCAUUGUGAAUUCAUGGCGCCUGCUAAGGAAGGUGACCGAACAGUUAAGGGGAUUUCCAAAAGGGUCAGAAAGCUGUAACUUGUUAAUUGCUUUUUAGAAUAAACUCUCAUUUCAGAAACAGAACCAUUUUGAGGCUGAAACGCCCGGAUUUGUUUGUAAAUUCUAUCACUAACAUGGUAGGCUUCUUUUUGCUAAAA